AUAUUUCUUACAGUAUCUGCAACUUUGAAUACCAGUAUGUUCACUGAACGGCAAAGGGAGAAAAUUGCUAUUAUAUGUCCAAAUUUAAAAAGAGAAGGAAAUCCUGCCGUCGAUGGCUUUGAGAAAUUGACGGGAGAUUUUACAGAUAUUGAAAAAGCUUAUCACUACUUCAAGGCUAUCCUUGCAGGCAAUGACCCAAGCCAUGAUUUUUCACAUUCUGAAAGUAAGAGUGGUUUGAAAAAUGAACGUGAUCUGAAUACUGAAGAAAUGAAUGAGCUUACAGUUCCAUCAGCUCUCUAUGAAUAUUUCAGUCAUGCCUGCAAAGAAGAAGUCAGAGCACUAUGUGAACGCUUUGGAGUGCGUAUAAGAAGUACAGAUCGUUACGAUGGAACCACAACAGUCUGUCUCACUUCUGAUAAAAAUCCUGGAUUAAUACAAGCAGCUAAUGAUAGUUUUACCCGAACUUUCCAGAAAAGCAUAGGAGAUCUGAGACAGGAAAAAAUUUCCAUAACAAGCAGUUACACAUUAAAUGAGGCAAUAAUGAAAUUAAAUGCUAGGUUUGGAAAACUUCUUGUCAAAGAGGAAGGAAAUCAAUUGCUACUCCGUGGUCCAUCGAGUGAGAUUUCAGCUGCCAAAAAACUUCUAGCAGAGAAAGGUGAGAAUAGCCAAGCUAAAAAGAACAUGAAAAUAUCAUCAGAACUGUAUGAAUUCAGGAAUGGAAUUGAAGUUGAUGCUUCCGUGUUUAAGUUGUUGGAAACAAUAUUAAGCAAAGAACUUGAAGACAUUAAAGAUAAAUUUGAUACGGUAAUAGAAAAGAAAGAUGCUUCAUGUGGCCAGAAGAUGCUCAUAAUAUUUAGGCCUAAGGUCAAAACUUCUGAUAUGUCUUCACAUGCUGCUGAAAGUUUCAUCAAUGCAUUUCAGCAUGCCUGUGCAAUGUUAGGAGAAAAACUCAUCAACUUGAAGCUUUCAGAAGGUCAGAAGAAGAUAUUAAAUAUGAUGCUUAAUGGAAAAGAAUUGGAAGAUCUGCAUGUGAAACUUAGGAAGAAGGAAGACAAAUACAUCUUAAAUGGUUUACCAGACUAUAUUUCUGCUGCUGAAAAGCACAUUAAGAACCUUCUUAUCACAGAAGACUCAACACAAAUUAAAAAUAGGACACCACUGUCCUCUGAUCUUGCCUAUCAAGAAACUACAGGAGCACCUGAGAAGAAAUACGAUGGCAGGCAAAAGAAUAAUCUUUCUUUUGAAAGCCAGGCUAAGGCAACAACGGAAGAAGAUGUGUGUCCGAUUUGCAUGGAGACAAUUAAGAAUAAAGAAAUACUGGAAAAGUGCAAGCACGCGUUUUGCAAAAGCUGCAUCAAGCAGGCCAUGACUUACAAGCGAGUUUGUCCUAUUUGUAACGUCGUCUAUGGACCCAUGAAGGGAAACCAGCCAGAGGGAACAAUGACAACUAAAUGGAUACGUGCCUCUCUCGAGGGUUAUCCUGAUUGUGGUACUAUUGAGAUUACAUAUAAUAUGAAAGGUGGUAUUCAAACUGACGACCAUCCAAACCCAGGGAAACCUUAUUUGGCAGUUUGUCGAAGAGCGUAUUUACCUGACAAUAAGGAAGGCCAAGAAGUUCUGCAGCUCCUCAGAAAAGCCUUUGCCCAAAAACUGAUUUUCACAGUGGGGCAGUCGCGUACUACUGGUGAAGAGGAUGUUAUCACAUGGAAUGAUAUUCACCACAAAACUGCCAUGACUGGGGGAGCUACCAAGUUUGGUUACCCUGAUCCUGAUUAUCUGCAGCGGGUUCGAUCAGAAUUGAAAGCAAGAGGAAUUGAAUAA